UCGGUUUUGUUUAUUGAAUCGUUUUUCUCCUUCUUUUAUCAGAAGUACAUAUAUACACGUGUUUUUCAUACAAUUUUUCGUUGUUUUGUCAGUAGUAUAUGUAUAUGCGUAUCUUUCUUAUAAUUUUCGUAAAUAACAAUGAAAACAAUUUCGUCCUCGAACUUGCCAUUUGGAACUUCUGUUUGGAGAUCCGCCACCAUGUGAAUAAAGAACUUUGGAUCACUUAAUAUUCCCUGUGCAACUCCCUAUUGAUGUUUGCCAAAUCAAACGUUUCCGUUUUCCGUUCCCGAUCUCAACUCUAUUCGCAGAAGCAGUGACGAUUCCAUCAGAUUUUCCAGUAACAACAAGCAAGACUACGAUAAGCACAACUAACAUCAAUACAGACACUUCAGCAGAGGGAGUGACGUUUCUAUCAGAGUUUCCUGUCAGAACAAGCAGGACUACGAUAACCAAAACUAACAUCAAUACAGACACUUUAGGAAAGUCCAGGAUGACCGACUGUCGACUGCCAGGAGUGUUAUACAGAGGAUACAGAAACAUAACAGAAUCCGGACGAUCAUGCCAAACGUGGCAGACACAGACUCCACAUGCGCACAACUAUGAUAUUUUCAGACCCGCACAAGAGAAUUACUGCAGAAACUUUGAUAGAGAAGAGCCAUGGUGUUUUACCAAUGACUCAAAUGUUCGUUGGGAACUGUGUGGAGUUGAAGUUUGUGAUACGCCUUGUCUCAACCAAUCCUACUAUAAUAAAGAUAUCACCACUAAGUGUUUGUCUGACACAUCCACAAGUGCAGAAUACUGCAACAACGUAACGCAUGAAUACAUACACGAGAGUACUAUGACGUCACAUUACAUGUGGAGCCUCGUAAAGUGUUUAAAGAAUCGUGUCGAGAAUUCGUCUGGUGUUCAAUGUCCUCAAAUUCAGUUAAAGUCGAUUGCUCUGCGAUUUAGGAACACGAUAGAAAUACUGACAAGGAAAUCUAUUUCUGAAUGUAUCGUGUCCCCAUGUGUUGAGAGGCUGACCUUCGUUGACGGUAUGGCAAAAAUUAUAACCCCGUGCUAUCAACGGUUCCUAGUAGAUUUUUCAACGUUGGAAACAUUGUGCCGAGUUGCACAACAAGUAAUCCACUGUGCGAUAUCACUGGUAAUUAAUGAAACAAACUCAACUUGUGUUGCGGAAGAUAAAUAUGAUCUUGCUAAAAAAUUAGUGCCUCUAAUGCCUCCUGAAAUUGUUGCCAAUGUCAGUCUUUGUAUAUCCGACUUCUUAUCCGAAUUUCCUGAGCCAGUGAAAAAUAUAACACUUUUUGUAGUGAAUCCAGUUACAGAUCAGCCCCCCACAACGUACCCAGACCAAAUUGUUAUCAUCCUAUCUGUUGGGCUUGUCCUAGCUUUCAUUGUCAUCGUUUUCAUUGGCGUUGGAUCAUUUAAAAUAAGAGCCAAACACUUACAAAAGACUGCAAGACGAUUGCCAAGUAUUCCAAAGAAAAGAGAGCAUUCUUACGAAUUCAAAUUGUACUAUCCCGAGGAAUCUAACUACUUUGAUCCAGAUUACCAGACAGUCGAAGAAAUCAACGACGGAUAUCAACAUCUCAUAGGUAAUAUAAACGACAUUGAAGAUGGCAGUGAUGAGAAGAGUGAUGACACAGGAUCGUAUGUACAGCCCAAUGAUGUACAUGUAGUUGCUACAAUUACAGAUGAGGAUGGAGAUGACCAGCAUCAUUCUUAUCUACAAAUCAUAGAAUGUUCAGAAAAAUCCUUAUUCACAAACAACGAAUGUACAACCUUUACUGAAUUAGCGUCGACAAAAUGCGAUAACGAAAUGACAACUGAGCAAGAGAGAAAGAGAGCGUCGGAGGUUAACAAUGAAGUGUCUGAUAUAAAUCAACAAGAAACAGCACCCUUAACCGAUGAUAACAACCAAAAAGGACAUUGCGAGAAUGAAAUUGUAACAAAAGAAAACACUGCUACUACAUUGUCAACAAACGAUUGAACAGAUGUGUAACUAAACAAACAUUUUUACAUAGAGCUUUUUAAGUGGCUCAGACCAUCUGUUAUACAAUUCACAAUGGUAAUUCGAGUAACGUUAGAAUGUCCAAGUGAACACCGCUAUCCUUUAUGAGAUCAGCAGAAAAUCACCGUGUAUCAUAGCAUCGUUCCUUAUCAUUGUUCAUUGGUUAUGCUUUUCUGUGAUGAUAUUCCACUUGUAUCGCUUAGUGAUCAAAUAAAAUAUAAAUCAUAAAA